UUAUAGCAGGACUGCGGAGAACAUUCUGACACUGGGGGGAACUGACUUGGUGUCACUUACAUCCAGUGACACCAGUACAGUGAUCAGUACUAAUAAAAAGCACUGACACUGUACUAAUGGCACUGGGAAAGAAGGAGUUAACAUGUGGGGUGAUCCAAGGGUUAACUGUGUGCUGUUUUACUUGUUUUACUUAGGAGGAGGUGUGUUGGGUCUUCACUGUAAGCACACUGCUGUGCACAGCCAUCCAGAACAGUGGGACCAAGCCGACAGGGAGGAGGACUGUUAGUAAACAA